AUGUCUUCACGCACUACACCAGUUGCUUCAGCAACCGAUAUUGCAAAGCAUGGAUGGACUGCUGUACCAGUUGAUGCGAACGCAAUUUUCAGCAAGAAUCCUGUUGUCAAACCUUCAGCCUUGAAAGUUGACAAUGUGCCAUUUCCCGACGACGAUCCAAUAGUCGUCGAAAUUCAACGCUACGCGAAGGAGCAUCUCACAGAGCAGACGUACAAUCACUCAAUGCGCGUCUACCACUGGGGUUACGUUAUCAUCAAAGACCAGUUCCCGGAGCACGCUCGCACGCUCUCCAUGUCAACAUGGGCAUUGACCUGCCUGCUGCACGAUAUCGGGACAACGCACGAUAACCUGCGUGCUACACUUCUAUCCUUCGAAUUUUACGGCGGCAUCCUCGCGCUAAAUUUGACUAAAGAAUAUGGAGCCUCAGCAGCACAGGCUGAGGCCGUCGCAGAGGCCAUCAUUCGACAUCAAGACCUAGGCACAGUUGGGACAAUAACCUUCCUCGGGCAGGUGAUUCAGCUCGCGACGGUAUACGAUAAUAUUGGAGCCAAUCCAAGUCUGAUUGAUGAAGUCACUCGGCUGGAUGUUAACAAGGCAUUUCCGCGCAAAGGCUGGAGCGGAUGCUUUGCCGGAACAAUCAGGGAGGAGCUUGACCUAAAACCAUGGGCACAUUCUACGCAUCUGGGAAGUGAAGAUUUUCCGGAAGGCGUCGAGAACAAUAAACUUAUGGCAGAUGUCGAUGACUGGGGUUUAUGA